AUGGGGACCCGAGUGGCACCACCGAGCGCGCGGGAGGAGGAGGAGACAAAGGCCUCUCUCGCCCGCCCGCGCCGCGCGCCGUCCCUGCGCUUCACUUGCUUGUCGUCCCCGCCCGAGCCAAACCUCGAUUCUUCUUCCCAGCCCGCGCGCCGCGUCACUCUCAGUCCCUCAGUCCCGCCCGCCUCGCCUCUGCUUCCCGUCCCCGCCCGUGUUGUUUUCUGCGCUCCCUUGCCGCCCGCCCACUUGGAUCUGUGGUGUUUGUUCCCGCCCGCACUGAGAAGGAUGUGUAAGAGGGAGGGCCUGGUUGGGCGACAUUUCCAAGAACAAUACUUCAACUACCCCAACAAGGGUGUAACCCGGGGGCCUUCCGGGGAGCCACCGGCACACAUCCGACCUGCGGCCGACCAGGGCCUGGGAGAGGGCGCGGAAGCCCGGGCUGGAGUGGAGCCGCCUGGAGGCCUUCCUGGAGGAGGAACCAGGCCUGGAAAUGGCUCCUGGCUAAAAACGCUUGCCUGGGAGCUGCGGCUGGCAAAGCUGGGAGACGGGGGAGCGGAGAGAUUCACAAAGGGCCAGGAAGAAACUUCCCGGAAAGCCCCGGGGUGGCCACGUCCCCUCCUGCCCACCCUGUCCAUCCGCCGGCCGCAGCGCGCACAUCCGGGGCAUCCCCGGGCGACGUUCCGUCGUCCUUGUUCACUCCGAGGCUCGGCGUCCUGGGUGCACUUACUCCUCUCCUUCCCGGUCCCCAGGCUGUGCGCACGCCGGAGCAGCGGCGCCGGGCCCUGGGCCCCCGGGAGCACCAUCUUCGCUCUCAGCUCCGGCCAGGGCCGCUGCGCCAUCGCCGUGAUCCGCACCAGCGGCCCGGCCAGCGCGCUCGUGCUCCGCAGCCUCACGGCGUCCCGGGAGCCACCUCCGGCCCGCAGCGCCUGCCUGCGCCUUCUCCGCCACCCGCGCUCCGGGGAGCCGCUGGACCGCGCGCUCGUCCUCUGGUUCCCAGGCCCCCAGAGUUUCACGGGUGAGGAUUGCGUGGAGUUGCACGUGCAUGGAGGUCCGGCGGUGGUCAGCGGAGUCCUGCAGGCGUUGGGUAGCGUGCCAGGACUACGACCAGCUGAGGCCGGGGAGUUCACCAGGAGGGCGUUCGCCCACGGAAAGCUGAGCCUGACUGAGGUGGAGGGACUGGCAGAUCUGAUCCAUGCAGAAACUGAGGCCCAGCGGCGGCAGGCCCUGAGGCAGCUGGAUGGGGAACUGGGCCAACUGUGCCGAGGCUGGGCGGAGACCCUCACCAAGGCUCUGGCCCAUGUAGAGGCCUAUAUUGACUUCGGAGAGGAUGACAAUUUGGAAGAGGAUGUGUUGGAGCAGGCGGACAAAGACGUUCGAGCCCUGGAGGCUGCCCUGGGUUCCCACCUGCGAGAUGCCAGGCGUGGUCAGAGGCUUCGCUCAGGGGCGCACAUUGUGGUCACUGGACCCCCCAAUGCGGGGAAGAGCAGUCUGGUGAAUCUGCUCAGCCGGAAACCUGUGUCCAUCGUGUCUCCAGAGCCAGGGACCACCCGUGAUGUGCUGGAGACCUCCGUGGACCUGGCCGGGUUCCCUGUGCUGCUGAGUGAUACCGCUGGGCUGCGGGAAGGCGUGGGUGCCGUUGAGCAGGAGGGUGUGCGCAGGGCUCACCAGAGGCUGGAGCAGGCUGACCUCAUCCUGGGGGUACUGGAUGCCUCCGACCUGGCCUCCCCCUCCAGCCGCAGCUUCCUGGACUCUGUGGUGGCCCCAUUGGUAGCACAGAGCCCCGACAGCUGCGGACAGCGCCUCCUGCUGCUGCUCAACAAAUCUGACCUGCUUCCCGCUAGUACCCCGGACAGCGACACCGCCCUCCUAGGGAUGCCCUACCUGCUGCUGUCCUGCCGCACGGGAGCAGGGCUCGAUGGCCUCCUGCAGGCCCUGAAGACCGAGCUGGCUGCAGUGUGCGGGGACCCAUCCACAGGACCACCGCUCCUGACCCGGGCCAGGCACCAGCACCACCUCCAAAGCUGCCUGGAUGCCCUGAGCCACUACCAGCCGGCGACAGACCUGGCCCUGGCGGCUGAGGCCCUGCGCCUAGCUCGGAGGCACCUGAGCCACCUCACAGGGGGAGGAGGCACCGAAGAGGUCCUGGACCUCAUCUUCCAGGACUUCUGUGUGGGCAAGUGAGGGCCAGAGCCUGGGCGUCAGGUUCCCACUAGAUAUUGAUUCAAGAUGGCAGCAGAGGGCAGGAGAGCACUGGGGGUCUGCAGCCCUCAGGUCGGUUCCCUCCAUAGUGAGCAGACAGGCCAGGGACCCCAGGAUAGCUACCCCUGGGUGCUGAGGUGAAGGCCUACAUCACCAUGCCAAG